GCUGCACCUCGACUCGCUCGCCCUGGGCGGCCCAGCGACUUCGCCCCGGUUCGCCCCUCUGCCCGUGUCGCAUUGCAGAGCUAAAACCCUCUAAAUCACCACCACACCCAUACCCACCACACCCACAAUAAACCUCGUGGGUUUAAUUAUCCCUUGCUGCUGCUGCUGCUGGUGAUGAUGCGUCUCACCGUCGCUUCCGCGCUUCUACCCCGGGUCCAAAGGUCGCCGCUGCACACCGGAAGAGCAGCUCUCGCCAUGCCCAUCAAGGUAGGAGAACGACUGCCCAGCGUGGAGCUGCAGGAAGGCCAGCCCGGCAACACGGUCAACGUUGCCCAGCUCUUCUCCGGGAAAAGAGGAAUCCUCUUUGCCGUACCCGGGGCCUUCACUCCUGGCUGCUCAAAGACCCACUUGCCGGGCUACAUCGCCAAGGCUGGGGAGCUCAAGUCGAAGGGGAUCGAUGUGCUCGCCUGCGUGGCCGUCAAUGACGUGUUUGUGAUGACCGCGUGGGGCGACGCGCACAACGCAGCUGGAAAGGUGCAGAUGUUGGCCGAUCCUACUGGAGCAUUCGCAAAGGCUGUGGACUUGGUGAUUGACAAGGAGCCACUCAUCUCGGUCCUGGGAAACAAACGCUCGCAGAGGUACUCCAUGCUCGUAGAGGACGGCGUCGUCAAGCAGCUCAACGUGGAGCCAGACGGAACGGGUCUCACCUGCAGCCUCGCCGAGAGCAUACUUUCUCGCCUGUAGCCCGUGCCGAUGCUGUCACCCCUGGUGCCCUGGAGCCAGCCCAAUCGCCUCCAUGCAGAAGGGGCCCAAGGUUCUGUUCCCAAUGCGAGCUCUUGCUUUUGCCCGUUUGCGUUAUCCCGAUUUACUCGACGGUAGGGUUCUGCUUGCUAUUGAUGUUGUCUGUAAGCGGCUGCCGUGCAUGCUCAGGUGUACCGAAGAUGCACUUUCCUUGGAAAUGAAGACGUAAUUGGGUACAUUUGGUCUUCGUGCCAUUCUCGUAGUCUUCAAGGCUACCAUCACUAAGCAAUUGGGAAAUUUUGAUUUAAAGCUUUCGUGACUGCAGGGAUUCAUAUUCCUUGGUUCUCUCGGUAAAGUCACGUAGAAGGGAAAUAAAAUAAUAAAAAUAAUACAAAAUUAUCACGACGUUUCGACUGCAACACAAGCAAUCAUCAUCAGGUGUGAAAACCACAGCAAGAAAAUUAGAAAAAAUAUUACUAAUACAGAUAGUGUUGAAACACUUUGUUUAAGGUUUCAAAGACUGGGUAUCAUUUUCGAUUUAAAGCCUUCGUGACUCCAGGGAUUCAUCUUCUUGGUUCUUUCGGUAAAGUCACGUAGAAGGGAAAUAAUAAAGUAAUAAAAAUAAAACAAUAAUACAAAUAAAACAAUAAUGUUUUAUUAAUAAUAAAAUGAUAAUAAAAACACAAUGAUAAAAAAACAAUAAUCAUGUUUUAUUUUUAUUAUUUCCCUUCUACGUGACUUUACCGAAAGAACCAAGAAGACUGGGUAUCAGUUAAGAUUUGGUGCUGGAUAAAUGAAUAAAAUUUAAACAUUUGCCCAUGAAUGCUGCAAGAAUUAACAAAACAACAACGUGAUGUACAACGGUAAAUGUGCAUAUCCUCCAUGCAAUACGCACAAGUGUUGCGUAUGAACUAGCUCUUUGUAUGCAAUGCUUAAGAGGGUGAUUUUAUAAAUGAAUUGUGCUGUCUGGUCUUCUAUCGCAUUAAGUCAAAACGGUAUGCUUGAAAUGCACUUGAAUAAAAUAAAAUGCUCA